AUGGAGUGCAACAGAGAUGAAGCCCUAAGAGCAAAAACAAUUGCUGAGGACAAGUUAGUGAAAAAAGAUUUUGCUGGUGCAAGAAAAUUUGCUUUGAAAGCACAUAAUUUAUUUCCAGGACUUGAGGGCAUUACCCAGUUGUUGACAACACUUGAUGUGUAUAUUUCUGGGGAGAACAAAAUUAAUGGGGAAGUAGACUGGUAUAGAGUACUUGGUGUAAAUCCAUCCUGUGAUGAUCAAACAAUAAGAAAACAAUACAGGAAGUUGGCUCUCCUGCUUCACCCUGAUAAAAAUAAAAUUGUUGGUGCUGAUGGAGCAUUUAAGCUUCUUUCAGAAGCCUGGAGCUUUUUAUCUGAUACAGCCAAGAGGUUUGCUUAUAAUCAAAGGAGGGAUUCUAGAGGAAUCCAACAGAAAGUUCCCAUGCACGCGGGUGGUCCGUCAGCAGCAUCCUUUGGAAAUGGAUAUCAUAAUGUUGCAAGUAGGACAACAUCAGUUCUGAAGACCAAAAACAAUGGGGCAAAGGUGUCCCCUGCAUCUGUUCCUACUCCAUCCCAUCCCAGAACUGAUACUUUCUGGACAAUCUGUCAUCGAUGCAUGAUGCAUUAUGAGUAUCUUAAGAUAUAUCUUAACCAUACUCUUCUUUGUCCCAAUUGUCACAAGGCCUUUUUGGCUUCUGAGGCAGCUUCACCUUUCAACCGAUCCAAUUCUUCCAAUCCUGCUGCUCCCCAGCAGCAUCAAAAUUCAAGUAGUCAUGCACCUAGUUGGAAUGCUUUUGAUACAGGAAGAAAUGGUGCAGCUGCUAAAAAAUCAGGACCAGGACAAGUGGGUCCGAAUUCAUUCAAGCAUGGAAACAUCCAGCAGGAUUCACUAUCUGGAGCAGUUGGUGUUGGUGGCAAGGAUCCUUCUAUUGCAACAAAAGCAGCAAAUGUUUUAAAGCAAGUACAGCAAAAAUUGAAGAGAGCAUAUACUGAAUCACAUACCCCUACUGGUUUGGAGGGAGAUAUUAAAAGAAAAAAACUAGAUAAUGAUGGCUAUCGGUAUGGCAUGAACAAUAAUGUGGGCCAGGAAAACGGUGGUAUUGGAAGAGCAGGUACAUCAGGAUCAAGGAUCUAUCAUUUUCCUGGCACUUACAGUCAGCCAAACAGCACUAGAGAGCUGACACUGCUUGAAACCCGAAAGAUGCUGAUAGAGAAGGCUCAAAAGGAGAUUCUGAAGAAGCUAAAAGAAUGGAAAUCAGGGACUCCGAGCAACACUGUGAAUAGAGAGAGCAAGAAAGCGGAAGAAAGCAAGAGAGAGAAGCAUAAAAGCACCCAUAAUCGGAAAGUUGGGUUGUUGUCCGAGGUAGAAGAGCAGGCAGACAGGCGUCGUGUUAGUUGUUCUGCUGAUAAUGCAGAUAAGAAGGAUAUCAUGUCAGUAUCACUGAAUGUUCCAGAUUCUGACUUUCAUGAUUUUGACAAGGGUAGAAGUGAAAGUUCUUUCGAAGAUAACGAAGUUUGGGCUGCUUAUGAUGAUGAUGAUAGUAUGCCGCGUUUUUAUGCCCUAAUUAACAAGGUGAUAUCUAGAAACCCAUUUAAGGUGAGGAUCAGUUGGCUAAACUCAAAAACUAACAGCGAAUUUGGUCCCAUAGACUGGGUAGGAUCGGGCUUCUACAAAACCUGUGGGGAAUUUAGAGUUGGCAGAUAUGAAAUAUGCACUUCUAUUAAUUCUUUUUCUCAGAAGGUUCUCUGGUCAAAAGGCCCACGAGGGACUAUUCAAAUAUUUCCGAAAAAGAGUGAUGUUUGGGCACUCUAUAAAAAUUGGUCUUCUGAUUGGAACGAACAUACUCCUGAUGAAGUUAUACACAGUUAUGACAUGGUGAUGGUGCUUGAUGAUUAUGAAGAACAGGGUGUGCCUGUUGCUCCUCUUAUGAAGGUGAUUGGUUUUAUGACAGUAUUUCGUCCAAAUUUGGAGCCAGAAAUGGUCAAGAGAAUCCCCAAAGAAGAGAUGUUCCGAUUUUCUCAUCAGGUCCCCUAUCACUUGCUUACUGGUCAAGAAGGUCAAAAUGCGCCAAGAGGUUGCUUGGAACUGGAUCCAGCAGCUACCCCAUUGGAACUUCUUCAGGUGAUAACAGUCUCUCAAGAGGAGCCGAUCAUACCAAAUGGAGGAGUUAUUAAGGAAGAGGUAUUGCCGAGUGUUUCUGUUACCAGGGUGGAUGAGAUUGAUGAUGGGUUAGUGACACAUGAAUGGUCUAAAGUCGAGGAAGGUAAGAAAAUUUACUUGCCAAGUUAG